AUGGACACCCGCACCUCCUCAUUCAGCACCUUCUUCGAGCGCGUNCCACCUCGACCACACACAACACCCCCCAAAUCCACUCCCACUCCAUCAAAACCCCGGCCCCAAAUGGACACCCGCACCUCCUCAUUCAGCACCUUCUUCGAGCGCGUCGCCGACCUAACCGUCAACGCGCGGAACAACAAAUACGAAGACCCCGCCAACACGCUGCGCUCUCUAGUCCUCCAACAAAAAGAGCUUGAAUCCCAAACACGAGAGCUCGAAAAGAGGUACGCGGAGGCCGUAGAGGAGAGUCAGCUUACCUACAGAGCCUACCUUGCGGCUGGACGAGGGCACUCGCGUCAGGCGGCGAUGGUGUUCAAUGAGGCGUGGAGGGCGAAGGAGAGGCUAAGACGCCAGAUUGUGAGGCAUGGGGCGUUGCUGGAGGGGGUUAGGGUGGAUAUUGCGGUGCUGAGGGAGAGGCGGGAGUGA